AUGUCGCCAGUAACCCGCGUAACGCUCUUCAAAGUCCCAUCAGAGAAGGACCAACAACACCUAGUCGAUCUCUACAAACAAAUGCCCCAAAAGGCCACAAAGGACGGAAAACCAUACAUUGCCUCCGUUGAAGCAGGAAAAGCAAACCCCGACCAACGAGCCCAAGGCUUCACAGUCGUCGCCAUAUCACGCUUCAACUCCCAAGAAGAUUUCAAUUUCUACGACACACAAUGCGAGGCGCAUUUGGAGUUGAGGACUUUCGCGAAGGGUGUUAAUCAGGGAUUUGCCAUGAUUUAUUUUGAGAAUGAGGUUGUGUAG